AUGGAUACCAGCAAGCUGAAGCCGCAUGACCCUCGUGUCAAGUACGAGACCAAGCUGGUCCGCGGCAAGACAUACUCUUACAUCCUCGGUGAGCCCGAGGGCCCCAAGGUCGACACCAUUGUCCUUGUUCACGGCUGGCCCGAUCUCGCCUUCGGAUGGCGCCAUCAGAUCCCCUACUUGAUGUCCCUGGGCUACCAGGUCGUUGCGCCCAACAUGCUUGGCUACGCCGGCACCGACGCCCCCGAGGACCUCAAGCACUACAGCUAUAAGAGCGUCUCUGACGAUCUCGCCGAGCUGGCUCGUCACUUUGUUGGCCAAGAUGGCCAGAUCGUUCUUGGCGGCCACGACUGGGGCGGUGCGGUAGUCUGGCGAACAGCCUUCUACCACCCCAAGCUGGUCAAGGCUGUCUUCUCUGUCUGCACUCCAGCGGCCCCCAUGACCACCGAGUACACCCCCCUCGAGGUCAUCAUCGGCGCGGGACGCCUGCAGAACUUCAAGUACCAACUGCAGCUCAAGGAAACCUUCGUCCAAGACCACGUCACUGGCAAGGACAAGCUCCGCCAGUUCUUCAAAGCCAUAUACUAUGGCCAAGGCCCCAACAGGGAGGUCGCCUUCAACAUGGAGCACGGCCUCAUCAUCGAGAACCUGGAUCUCAUCCAAGACCCCCCUCUGCUGGACGCCGCCGAGCUGGAGUACUACGUCGAGCAGUACUCGCUGCAAAAGGCCCCCGAGCUGCGUGGCCCUCUCAACUGGUACCGAACACGCGAGAUCAACGCCAAGGAGGAGAUCGCGCUGGGCAAGACCAACCCGCCCAGGAAGUUGGAGCAGCCCGCGCUCUUCAUUGCCGCGUCCAAAGAUACCGCUCUACCGCCGGCCAUGUCUCAGGGCAUGGAGGCAGGCUUUAAGGAUCUGACCCGGGGCGAGGUCGAUGCUACCCAUUGGGCGUUGACGCAGGCCGGCCCUGAGGUUAACGAGCUCAUUUCAAACUGGCUGACCAAGGUCAACAGCGCUCCCAAGCUGUAA